UGUUAUGUAAGCAGGUAGUGAUCUUUUAAAUAAAAUUCUCCCUUUGUUACACAAUUGUCUUAACUUCAUAAAACAGCUGUUCACUUUUUCAUCAUCAACCAAUGUUGUGAAACCAAAAGAUAUGACAAUUAUUAAGUGAUAUGAAGUGUUUUGUAAUAAUGAAUCAAAAUUUUGAAUUUGAAUUUUGAAAUUGAAUGUGGUUGCCUGAAUGAGCAGGUUUCCUCUCACAAGCAACAAUCAAUUAAAUAUAAAAUACAAUGCAACGGCGACAAUAAUACUUAGCUAUAAGUAGUAUAAGAAGAAUCAGUGAAAGGGAAUAGUGUACAAAACAGAUAACAUGUGACGCAAUGUUAAACAAGUGAAAGUUGAAACAUCUAAGCGCCGCGCACGCUGGCCGCAUGCGAACGUGUCUGCGCUGAUUUUAAAAUAAAAAAAGUUAAUGUCAAGAUAAAGCGCGCGAAAAAAAAGUGAAAACAUCGGCAGUGUUUCGUAGUGAAUUUUCGUGUUUCGUCGCGGUCUUGGGGUUGAAGGCUGUGUAUUAUAUUGUGGAAAGCUGUACGCCCCUGUAGACGGGCCAAUGGCGCCUAGGGUGCCGCCCCCGCGCGGUAUUUUACCGCACUACAGUGUGGUUUUGCUCCUGCUAUUUAGUGCUGCGCCAGUACUAUCACGAAGACAGGAGCCCUACUACGGUCGCCUCAUCGGCAGACUGACGCAAUACGCGCACGGGAUCCGCGGUACCGUCUACGCAGUCGACGAAAGCACGAUAUACGUGCGUGGAUUCGCGUACGAUGGUACGGGACCCGACGCUUAUUUCUGGGUUGGGGACUCCCCCCAGCCGUCGCCUGAAGGCAUUUUGGUGCCGUACCCUGAGGAUUAUACCACCAGAGAUCCACCCGUGCUAACGGCGCACAGUAAUUCAGACAUCCUGCUGAGACUGCCCGGCGGCAGGAGGCUUAAAGACAUCAAGUGGAUAAGUGUGUGGUGCCGGAGGUUCACUGUGAACUUCGGCGACGUCUUCAUCCCCCAAGGCCUGGACCCCCCCAGGCCCCGGGUCCUGCCCGAGUUCAAGCGCCUCGCCCACGGCCUCCGCUCAGGCAACAUCAGUGUCCUGGACGCGAAGACGUUUUACAUCCCCAACCUGCAUUACGACGGCGCUGGUCCUGACGCAUACUUUUGGGUUGGCAAUGGGUCUGAACCUAGUCCUUUUGGGACCAAAGUCCCAAACGAGAUGGGCUCGUUAAAACCGCUGCGUGGUUACCAAGGGGAAGACAUCGAAAUUGUGCUGCCUGGCAAAAUGACGGCCUACGACAUAGACUGGCUGGCCGUGUGGUGUGUAGAGUACAGGCACAACUUUGGACACGUCUACAUUCCAAAAGAUCUAGACGUUCCCCCGGCUUUGGGGCAGACGAAAAUCACCACAAGUUCAACAACCUCCCAAACGCCGUUUAGCGCUACAAAUAAUUGCAAAGAAAUACUGGACAAGAGACUGCAAGUUAGAUGGGAAAUACAGGGUGACCACGUACAAAUAACCCUAGCGGCGAGACUGCGCAAGGAGCAGUACAUGGCGUUCGGUAUAUCCGGCGCUGAAGGCAGGGCCGCCAUGUUGGGCGCCGACGUCGUCGUGGCCUAUUGGGAUACCAGGUUAAACCGCGCUGUGGUAUCAGACUACACCAUAACUCAUCUAGCUCAGUGUGACAAUGAGCGGGGAGUGUGUCCCGACGCCAAGCUGGGAGGAAGCGACGACGUGGUCUUAGUGUCCGGCAGUCAAAAGAACGGAAUCACAACCGUCACAUACCGCCGCCCCCUGGCCGCCACUGAACCCACCAAGGACAAGGAGGUUCUCACGAGCAGAUCGCAGUCCGUUAUAGCCGCUUUCGGCCCCCUCAACAGCAAGUACGAAGCCAAUGCUCACUCCUUCAUGGACACUACUAGGAAUGAUGUUCAGUUGGACUUUGGUGCCCAGAACGACAACACGUGCAUAGGCCUAGCGGAAGUCGACCCCCUAGCGCCGAGCCCGUGGCCGCCGCGCGUCAUCUCCCGCACGCACUCGCUCUCCGCGCGCAUCGGGCCCGCCGCCGGCCCGCGCGGGUACUCCGCGCUCACCGGCCAUCCAUCAUGGGGUAUCGCGUGGUACAUCAACGAUCAGCUGAUCCCGGAGAUUUACGUGGAGCGCGGGAAGACUUACACCUUCUACGUGGAGGGCGGGGAGGACAGAACAAAUCCUGCUAAAUUCCACCCGUUCUACAUAAGCGACUCCUCAGAAGGCGGUUUCGGUCAGAAACGCGAGGAAGAACAGAGGAAACAACGUGUGUUCGCCGGCGUCGCUUACGACAGUGAGGGAUACCCAUAUCCUACUGCUGUGGGCCGCUAUUGCGAAUGGACCCACAAGACCAUAGACCAGGCAGCGUCAUCAGCGACCUUCGAGGACUACAUGAAGACUCUCCAACUGGAGUGUAACGACGGAGAGCCAGCCGUGUUGAACUGGACUGUGGCUCAUGAGACUCCAGACCUACUUUAUUAUCAGUGCUAUACACACAACAACUUAGGCUGGAAAAUUCACGUCGUGGACCCGGGCACGCCGGUGCCGCAGUCCGGCGACCGCACGGCCGCCGGCGCCGCCGCCACACUUGCUGUCUCGCUCGCACACGCGCUGUUGCCCGCCCUGCUCCUCGUCAGAUAAGGACAGGUAUAAUUUGCAGCGAGCGUCCCGUACACCUGUUUCUUUGGAUUAUGGAGUGGUAAUUGAAGAUUAACUUUUUGUAUUGUAUUUUAUUAUAACUGGAAUUUCAUUUUAAUAUUUUUUUUUUAUGAAUUUACAAAGUCAUCGUUGAUGUGAACUUAAAAUAAAUGGAUGAAAUUUUGACACGUUGCAAUAAAACGUCAUCAUUUGAAUUAAUUUAGUCAAUACAAUGUUUACACCUGUUACCAUUUGCAUAGAAAUUGCCUGGAAUUAUGAUAUGAAGAUAAAAUAAUUGCGAUGAACACACCAGUAUACCAUAAUUAUAAACUUCUUAUUAUUUUAGAUCGAAAUAUAUACUUAUUUAUUUAGGUAUACACAUCUGGCUGUAUAAUAAUUAUUUUAUAUGAAUUUUUAAAUACCUACACUGUUUGUUUCUUGUGUUUAUCAUUCCAAUAUUUCUGUAUAUAAACAUACAUACAGAAAUACUUCUAUUACGACUGUUAAUUUAAUUUAAAUUAGACAAAUAUGAUAUUUUAUAUCAGUUCAAUUGAUAAUUUUGUAUGUGGUGCUGGUGAAAUUUUUUGAAAUGAUUAUUAUCAUGACUAUCCAGAAAAUUGUUGAAAAAAAAAUAAUUAAAUUAAUAUUAUUAUUAUCAUAACAAAGUUAUAGAAUAAUGUAUUUUAUAGAUAAUUUUGAGAAACAGGUGAUAUUUCGACUGUUCUAUUUAGUCUUGUAAGUCGACGUCUUUUGAAACUUAAGACAAUAAUUCUUACAUGUAAGAUUUAUCUUUGCAAAUGACAAUAAUGUUAGAAUUUAAAUUUAAUCUAAAAUUGCUCUUUGAUUUUU